GCCGAGUCUCUUGGUGGAGGAUCACCGGCGCCUGUUUCGAUAUGACACGCGUCAGCUUCAGACAAGGGAGCGUGACCACGAGUGAUGGGUACUACUAUAAUUUGUUUGGUCUGAGGCUGUAGUUGCGAUGCCAAAGUACAAGAAGCACGGCGUCCGUCAGCGUGAGGGAGCUGUGCACAAGCAACUCAUCCGUGCUCAUGCGCUGUUCUCUUCUGUUACACUGCUGUGUAGAAUCUCGCUACGAUGCUGUCAGUUUUUACCUUGUGUCUUUCCCUUGCAGCUGUAGCUCUUGCUGGUCACGGUCACUUCAAGCUUGAGCUCACCUGGGGACCCGGAUCUCCAGAUGGCUACACAAGGGACAUGAUCUUCAUCAAUGGCCAAUACCCGGGCCCCCUCCUAGAGUUACAGCAAGAUGAUUGGAUAGAGAUCGAGGUUGUGAAUAGCAUGUCAUUCAACUCAAGUAUUCAUUUCCAUGGUAUCCAUCAAACGAAUACGCCCUGGGCGGACGGUGUUCCGGGGCUUACACAACGACAAAUUCAACCUGGGAAAUCAUUCAAGUACAAUUGGCAUGCCGACCAACACGGCAGCUACUUCUAUCACGCACACAGUCGAGGUCAGAUUGACGAUGGCGCGUAUGGCCCUAUCAUCAUCGAGCCCAAAGCUGGUUUAUCGAAGCCCUUCGAUAAGAUCGCCCCUGCACAGGUCGAAUUACUUGAAGAAGCUGAAGCCAGUGCAGCUCCUCUCUUGCUCUCUGACUGGCGCCACCGAACGUCAGAAGAAACGUGGGCAGAUCAGCUAGCGUCUGGUCUUGAGAGCGCUAUCUGUAUGGACUCGCUACUCGUCAACGGCAAAGGUGCUGUAGACUGCUGGUCACGAGAAGAAAUAACAAAAUUCACCAGUCCCGGUAUCGCGCCAGUGCUGACACUAGGAGGUCUUGAAAUGACUGAUAAGGGCUGCUUCCCACCAGCUCUCUUCCAGAUUCUUCUCGGUAACAACUCAGUGCUGAAUCCUUCAGCUCUGCCACAGUCUGUCUUCGAAGUGUGCACGCCAACUCAGGGUAGUCGUGAAAUCAUCAAAGUCCCACAUGACAGGAAAUGGCUUGCACUCAAUGUCAUUUCCUCAGCCGGCAUCGAUACUUUCGCGUUCAGCAUUGACGAACACCCGCUGUGGGUCUUUGUCGUAGACGGGCACUACAUCGAACCCGUCAAGAUCGACGUCCUCACGGUCGCGAAUGGAGAUCGCUACUCUGUAUUCGUUGAGCUUACCAAUCCUGGCGAAAAGAACGAAUUCGGUAUUCGCAUCGCAUCCCUCGCUCUCGCCCAACUCAUCGACACCAUGGCUGUCUUCUCCUAUUCUAAAGGCCAUGAUGAGUACGAAAUCUCUCACGGACCAUACACCAACUCCACCGGCUUGCAACUCACGUCAACACCUUACACUGACCGUGCCGGAAAUCCGAUUUCUGCCAACGUAACUGUGCUAGACCAUGCAAGUACCACGCCGUUCCCACCUCAGUUCCCUCAGCCCGCACCCAAGCCAGCGCAGACCUUCUUCCUUACGACUGGCAACGUUGGCAACAGCUACACCUGGGCGCUCAACGCUACUCCAUUUUCGCCCGUGAUUCUGGACAACGCAGCACCAGUUCUGUACUCCCUCCCAAUUCUCGAGAGCGGAGACAACAACAUUACCAUUGUGACGCAGAACAACACGUGGGUCGAUCUCGUCUUCCUCGUUCCAAAUCUGCAGCAGCCACCCCACCCCAUCCACAAGCACGGCAACAAAGCGUUCAUUCUUGGUGCAGGCACCGGCCCAUUCCCUGGACGUACGGUAGCCGAAGCUGCUACUGCUCAACCUGAAUCGUUCAAUCUGGUGAACCCGAGCUACAGGGAUGGAUUCGUCACGCCACCAUCUGCUGAUAAGCCGACAUGGCUGGCGGUCAGGUAUAAGGUCGAGAAUCCUGGUGCUUGGCUGUUGCAUUGUCAUAUCCAGAGUCAUUUGAAUGGGGGUAUGGCGGUGAUCAUAUUGGACGGGACGAAUGAGUGGCCGUAUGUGCCAGAUGAGUACAAAAACUGAGGAAGCACGGCUCUUUGCUAGCGCGUCAUGUGUAACGAAUUAUCACA